UGAGGGUUGUGAAAAAAGUUUGAAUCCACAGUUGGGUCCCAGCCUUCUGUAGCUGCAAACAUUGGUGGCCGCACCACCUCCUUAUAAAACAACUUGAACCUGGGCAUAGGGUGGAAGGAUUUUUUAUUUUUUUAACUUGCUGGACAUGAAAUGGAUUUAGAGUGCUUUCUCAUUUCAAGUAGAAGACAUGUCCACUUCCUGAUUAUUUUUGGAGCAUGAGAACAUUUACAAUUUUUUUCAUCUCUCUCCCCCUUCCAUAAGAUUGCACAGAAACGCACCUUGACUAAUUGAUUUUGAUCACAACUGAUUACUUGUUUUUCCCUGUGAACUCUUGGGGUUUUGAACUUUCCUUCUGGAGAAUGCCUUUUGAACCAGUUUGCUCUAGCUGCCUGAUGUCAACUGCUUGGUAAUCAGUGGAUACUGAAUACAGAAUAUUCAGAAUGUACAGACAGUGGGCAGUGGUGAAUAUUUUCAUGAUGUCUUCUCUGCAGUUGGUGCAGGGCUCCAGUUAUGAACGUGGACCAGUGAAGCGGGCAUCUCGGUCAAUGUUAGAACGAUCUGAGCAGCAGAUCAGGGCGGCUUCGGGUUUGGAGGAACUACUGCAGAUCACACACUUCGAGGACUGGAAGCUAUGGAGAUGCCGACUGAAGCUCAAAAGUCUCACCAGCACAGACUCUCGCUCAGCAUCCCAUCGGUCUACCAGGUUUGCGGCCACUUUCUAUGACAUGGAGACACUCAAAGUUAUCGAUGAGGAAUGGCAAAGGACACAGUGCAGCCCUCGAGAGACCUGCGUGGAGGUGGCCAGUGAGCUGGGGAGCAGCACGGACACGUUCUUCAAGCCUCCCUGUGUGAACGUCUUCCGGUGUGGUGGAUGCUGCAACGAAGAGAGCCUCGUCUGUGUCAAUACCAGCACGUCGUACGUUUCCAAACAGCUCUUUGAGAUAUCAGUGCCUUUGACAUCAGUACCUGAAUUAGUGCCUGUUAAAGUUGCCAACCAUACAGGUUGUAAGUGCUUCCCAACGGCUCCCCGCCACCCAUUCUCAAUUAUUAGAAGAUCCAUCCAGAUCCCAGAAGAAGAUCGCUGCUCCCAUUCCAAGAAGCUCUGUCCUGUUGACAUGCUCUGGGAUAGCAAUAAAUGUAAAUGUGUUUUACAGGAGGAGAACCCACUCACAGGAAUGGAAGAUCACACUCACCUCCAGGAACUGGCUCUCUGUGGUCAGCACAUGAAGUUUGAUGAAGAUCGUUGUGAGUGUGUCUGUAAAACGCCAUGUCCCAGAGAUCUCAUCCAGCACCCAGAAAACUGCAGCUGCAUUGAGUGCAGAGAGAGUCUGGAGAGCUGCUGCCAGAAGCACAAGAUAUUUCACCCAGACACUUGCAGCUGUGAGGACAGAUGCCCCUUUCACCCCAGAACGUGUGCAAAUGGAAAACCAGCAUGUCCAAAGCAUUGCCGCUUUCCAAAGGAGAAAAGGGCCGCCCGUGGGCUCCAGGAUCGGGAAAAUCCUUGAGGUAGCCUUGAUUCCCAGUUCCCCAUCCGUGUCAUUUAAACAGCAUGCUGCUUUGCCAAGUUGCUGUCAGUAUUCCAGGUGUUAGGGAAAAAAAAAUCCGUUUUACAUAGUACCGUGGUGAAUCCCGACCGACUUUCCAUUAAACAACAGCUGAGGAUUCCCUGGCUCACUGCCAGAUGUCUUCUAACAGAAGAUGCUCUGCACACCGGGGAAUGGAGAGGAAGAAAUCUCCCUUACCCUCCCCUCUUUUUUCCGUGAGUGGAAAAGGUUUGAUCAUCAUGGAGUGACAGGUACCAUGUGAUUAAUUACUCAGAGCAGAUGAGGCAAUUUGCAUAGUCUUUGAGUCCUUUGCUAAUUGCAACUCUCUUGUGAACUAUUUUGAUUCUUUCUUAUGCAGAUCUUGAUGUGUAUGAUCAGCACUGAUUAUCUGAUUACUGUCCAGCUUGUAGUUUUGAGUUUACCAAACUACUGUUGUUUUAUAUUUAAGUGUAUUUAAAGAAAAUAAACACAUUUAUUCAAGCCAGA